GUGAGAGCGCUUACGCUUAUUUGUGUAUUAUCAUAAUUCAUGACUGAAAAUGAUGACGGUCGUAGUUAAGUCUUUAGUCUCUUGUACCAAUUGCCAGCAUGAAGGCUGGUUCGCAUUCCAAUCGAAAAUGUGGUAUCCUAAUUAUCAUUGCAGCAGUUGCAGCAAUAAAUCUUUUUGAUUCGCAAAAAUGUCACGCUGUACCCAUUGUUGGCGGUCGAAUUGUUGCCAGCGAGGGCAGCAGCAUCUCCAAGUAUCCGUAUAUGGUGUCGUUGCAAGAUGCGCACUACGCAUAUGGCAACAAUAGAAAUGCGAGUCUAAAAUGGAUUUAUCAGCACUUUUGUGGUGGAAGUUUAAUAAGUGAACGCUGGAUACUAAGUGCUGCUCACUGCGUAUGGAGAAAAAACAUUCAUCAGAUUGUGGCCUUUAUUGGAUACGAGAACAUUGAAAAUGUGCAUGAUCUUGAACCGUAUGGCGUGGAAAGAACUGAGUAUAUUUACUUUCAACCUUCAAACUACCGCAACGAUAUUGCGUUACUCCAAUUGGAUCGUGAAUUUAAAAGCCAACUCAGCAGCAAUUUGCAAUACGCUCAGCUGCCGCCACAGGGCAUGAAACCGCACAGCAAUGAAUCGUGUCGCAUUAUUGGCUAUGGCGCCACACGGCAUGCAGGACCCUCACAAAAGCAGCUCUUCGAGGCCGAGGUGCGUGUCAUUGGCCAUCAGCAGUGUCGCGACAUUAUUGGCCACAUUUGGGCUCCCAAGAAUGGCGGCAAUACGGUUUGUGCGCUGGGCAACAAUCAGGACUCGUGCCAAGGGGAUUCGGGUGGACCGUUGAUAUGUCGGUAUGGUGAUGGCGGAGGUGAAUAUAUCUAUGGUCUGGUAUCGCAUGGUCUGACCUGUGGCAUCAAGGGAAUGCCCAGCAUCUAUACGGUGACGCGACCCUAUUACGAUUGGGUUCAGCUGUUGGUGCAAAAGACCUGGACAUGAUGAUAAUGUAUGUAUAAAUGUAUGUAUAAUUUAUUUAUUAUACGUUAUCUCAAACAGAAAACAUUACACGAAUAUAAUAAUGUAUAUGCUACGACAAUGCAAGGAUUAUUAAAAAAUAAUAACAACAAGACAGAUACAAAUAUGGAGAAACUUAGGUCUAGAGUACUGGUAGAUAAAUUACAAAUUACGCGGGGUCGAUGACGCUUCAAUUAAACUAACUUACAACUUAAGUGGAACCAUUUGUGUGUCGCGGUUCGAUCUUACUGCUUUUCAGCCUUCACUUCGGUCGAUGAGGAGGCGGAAUCCUCCACCUUGUCCGACAAUUUCCCAGUGCCCGUCUCGGGCAGCGUGAGUGUUAGCAGACCUGCUACUAAAACGCAGCAGCCACAAAUCGUUGUUGGAAUGUACCAGCCCAAGGCACCCAGCACAUCGACGACAUACGGCGCCGAUAUCGAACCUACAUGCGCCCACGUCGAACAAGUUCCCAAUGCCGAGUUACGUAUCUCCGUGGGAUACAGUUCAGCGGUGUAGAGCGUGACCACCGAGUAAGUGGCACUGAUGCCAAAGCGUCCCAGCAGCGCAAAUAUCACAAUCCACGUGGUGUUGCCAGCGGGCACAGCGAGCACCAGGAGCAACGAGACUCCAGUCCACAUGAAAAGGAACAUCGUGGUGAUGCGACGUCCAGUGAAGCGCAGCAUAAACACGGGCACCAGAUACGAAGGAAUAUCCACCAAGCCGGUGGCUAUAAUAAACAGAUAGCGACUCACUUUCAUGUUGUCCGCAUUCAAAGCUAAAAAGAGGAAA